AUGUCGACGUUCGGUGUUGCCACUUCCGUCAUACAAACUAGGAAGAACCAGCAAAGCUUGCGCGCGACAGUGGAGGCGUACGACACGGUCCGGCUGUGGGACGGGCGCGAGGUGGACAGCGGCCACGUGUCCCCCGGGGACGUGCUGCUGUUGCCGCGCCACGGGUGCGUCAUGCACGUGGACGCCGCGCUGCUCAGCGGCUCGUGCGUGCUCAACGAGAGUAUGCUCACAGGAGAGUCGGUACCGGUAACGAAAACUGCCUUGUUACGUAUAGACAAACCAUUCGAUAUGAAGGAGCAUGCUUCCAGUAUAUUGUUCUGCGGCACGAGAGUGAUACAAGCUCGCCAACACAACGGCGAACCUGUUAGGGCUUUGGUCCUUCGAACCGGAUACAACACUAGUAAAGGCCAGUUGGUCCGCAGCAUUCUGUAUCCGGUCCCGGCUGACUUCAAGUUCGAUAGAGACUCUUACAAGUUCAUCAUCAUACUGGCUUUCAUAGCUCUGUUAGGUCUUGCUUACACUGUAGCCCUGAAGGUAAGUAAUUUUAUAAAAGUCUAUUUUUUACCAAACGUGUUAUAG